UGGUCUUCACCCUCACAUCAUGGACGCACUGAGGCAGGUGGUCAACUUCGGACCGGGACCCGCCAAGCUUCCCCGCUCGGUAUUGUUAGAGAUCCAAAAAGAAUUAUUAGACUACAAAGGUGUUGGGAUUAGUGUUCUCGAAAUGAGCCACAGGUCAUCAGAUUUUGCUAAGAUUCUUAACAACACAGAGACUCUUGUGCGGGAAUUGCUAGCCGUUCCAGAUAACUACAAGGUGAUUUUUGUGCAAGGAGGUGGGUCUGGCCAGUUCAGUGCUGUCCCCUUAAAUCUGAUUGGCCUGAAACCAGGAAGGUGUGCUGACUAUGUGGUGACAGGAGCUUGGUCAGCUAAAGCAGCUGAAGAAGCCAAGAGGUUUGGAACUGUGAAUAUCGUCCACCCUAAACUUGGGAGUUACACAGAAAUUCCG